UGCAGAUACCGAAAGGAUCUUCUCCUCAAAAUGCAUGUUAUCAUUACGUCGCUUUUACUUGCGUCACUCUCGUUCUUGAUGCCGACAGAAGGCGCGAAAAUAUGUCAGAGGCCUCCGCCUUGGUCGGUCAAACAAGUGAACCCAUUGGCAGAAGCGAGAUCAAAAGGUCACGUGGUACUCCUAGGACUGAUGCUCGCUAGCUGACGAUUUUGUCAAUGGCAGGCUCAGAUGAUGGAACGAAUGUUCAAAGGAGUCGUUAUGAAGAGGAAUUUAACGGAUAUUUCUUUCAUGAUUCUGAACAUGAAGAGAGCUGCAAAUUCCAUCUCAGAGCUGCAAAGGAGAGUGUCGUUUCCAGUCUACCAGGAGCCAGCAGACCGAGACAUCAUGGGAUUAUUAGGAGGAAGUAAGGACGAUUUUCUCAUCUUCGAUCGCUGCGGACUGUUGGCUUACCAUCUUAAGUGGCCUCGCAACUAUCUGUUGUUUCCGUUUGUCCGGAAUGCGUUGAUAAAGGAAUAUACCAACAAAGGUUCAAAAUGUAAACGACACUGUCCGAUUAAGACGACCACUACUGCAACCCAGUCCACCACAAACAGGAUUAUUACGGCACAAGAAAUUCUACCCAGUUAUAGCUCAGAGAGUGUCAAGUCACGGCCUCGAUCUGAUGCCACUACUACCUCUUCACCCCCAGCAACUAGAGACCUAACACUGAUUCAGCAAGAGGAAACACUUUAAAGUGGACAACUGUUCUGGUUAUCUGUUAGAUCUGAUAAGUUUGAAUAGGAUCUUUUUGUGCUUAGAGAAACUUGACAAAGGGAAGAUUGAAUUUUUUAAUCCUUAUGGCCAAGCUGGUCGUAUCUAGCAAAAACCAAACAAAACUUUUGCAACGAAACGUUUUGUGUCCCCGCUCUUUUUCAAGAUGAGUUUUUUUAUUUGAGAUCAAUAUAAUCCUCUCUCGAAAUUUUUAAAAUAUAAUCUCUUUUAUUUUCAUAAGUUGUGAAACCGAAGCUUUUCAAUCUCAAAACUUUGUUCAAACAUGAUAAACAGGUAAGAAAACAGAAACUUGCUUGUUUUGAUGCAAACGUCAAGGUAACAGAAAGAGAAGUGACCAGGAAUUAUUUAAACUUUUUAGAUAUCUCAUGUAUCCUGUAUGACAAAGUUGCAUAAAACUUGUUCACGUGUAACUUUCGAUGAUUGGAGGAUAUGCUAUUAAAAAGUUUUAAGACAUUA